ACCGUAAUGACAAGCAGCUCAAAACUUGACCCAAUUCCCGAACCCAAGACCCUCACAAAAGCCGAGUCGAUGAAGCUUGUGCACCACUUAUUGGUGAUGUCGCUUGGGUGUAUUGCCUAUCUCCGUGACUUUUUUGCCGAAGAUAAUUUCGUCGUUCGCCGGCUCAUCCCUGAAAGGCUCCUUGAACACGAGACAAACCUCUACACCAGUAGCAAGUCCGGGUUGAAAGUGACGACGUUAGUGAAAGGAAUUUCCAAGGAGGCGGACAAGUUCUUGGACUGGCUCGACCACGGGGUACUUUGUUGUUUGAAGAGUGGCUUUUUGAAGGGCCUCAGCUUGGGGAUCUUCACCGACCCCCAGCGUCCUGAAAAGCUUGUCGAGUGCUACGUGUUUUCUUUCGCCUACGACGAGAACGGAUAUGCUGGAAUUAGGGUUGGGUCUGACGCAGAAGACAGGGUGGCACCUGUAUCCACGGUUCUAGAAGCGCGAGAUACUUUCCAGCAGUUGAUGCGCCGUUUUAUUAUCUUGACCCAGUCGCUUGACCUGUUGCCUUCCAAGAAAUACCUCUCCAUGAGAUUGAUCUACAGCGAUUCAUGUCCUUCUGAUUUCCAACCCCAUCUUUUUAGAGACUGUACUUUCGAUACACCAGCCACGGUA